AUGAAAAGGUUAUUCAAAUUCGCUUUCAUUUUAUCACUUUUUAUUUUAACUUCUUCGACAAAUCAAAAAUGUUCUGUCAUUUGUCCUGAUAUUGUUGAUUUGAAUUUUCAUAAACCACUCAUUGAAGUUAUCUUAGAAAAUCUGUACAGGGCUGGACCUUCAGAUGGUGUUUGUUUAGAUGGAAAAGAGAGAUGGAUAGUUAAUGGAACUCAAUUGAAUUUGCCUCCAAAGUGUAUUUGCUUAACUUAUCCAAUGGGAGAAGAUAUAAAGCGUGGAGAAGGUCCAAAAUGCCCUGAUCACUUGGCAGCAGCUGUCGAAGAAACAAUUGAAGAAAACUUAAUAAGGAAUUAUAAGCUUCUAGGCGAUACUGCACCAGAAGACGGCUGGUGCGAUGAAGGCAAACUUAAGAGAAUUAUCUUGGCAUCAGAAGUCGAUGACGAAAAGAAUAUUUGUGUAUGCAUGAAUGGAUAUAAUUUUUAUUCACCAGAGGUGAUAUGUAUUGAUGAUGAUUGAGAGUAUUAUUAACUGAAAGCUCCGUCAUCACAUAAAAAUGAUUUUUAUUUGAAAACGACUUGAACACUUUUACAGUGAACUCUUCAUAAAAACAUAAUUUGAAUAGAUAGAAAAAAAUCUUUAAAUAAACUUUCAUUUUAUCGAAAGAAAAUCGUUUAACUACUUAAAAACCUUUGGAUUUAGUGAGAGUUUUCCUUCAUUGAAAGUUGACUG